AUGGCUUGGAACGGACCCCCGCCUCAGUACGGCCCUCACGCCAACGCCUUCUGGGACUUUGCUCGCGCGUUCGACCCCAGCGGCCGUGGCUUUGGAGGCCCCGGCGGCGGCGUCGACCGCACUCCCGGCGGCGGUGACCCCCGUAACUUCUUCUUCGGCGGCGGCGGCCCGGGUGGCCACCCGUUCUUUGGCAGCUUCGGCGGCCCUCCCCCCUUCGGGACUUUUGGAGGCCCUUGGCCGCCCCGUCAGAGCAACGAGGAGUCCGAGUCCGAGAACGACGAGACGGCCGCCCGGGCCGUUCCGUCCGGGACACAGCAAGCAGCGACUGGCGAGGAAGACGUCUCCAUGAACGAGAAGGACGGCUCCCCGGAGACGGUCCGCGAAGGACCCACCGAGGGCGAGCACCCGGCCCCGCCGCAUCAUCCCGGUCAUCACCAUCCUCAUGGGCACCACGGCCGUCAUCACCACGGCGGCCCGGGCCCCAACCGCGGCUGCCGCGGAGGGCGUGGCGGUAUGCGCGGACAGUGCAGGCACGCGCCCUAUGGCGGGCCCGGCCCUCACCACGCCUGGCCUCCCGUUGGGGGCGCCUGGCCCCUCGGCGGCGGUGCCUGGCCCUUCGGCGGCGGCAACGGCUGGUUCGGCGGCGGCGGCGGCGGUCGCGGCGGUGGCCGUCGGGGCGGCCGAGGCGGAGCCUGGGACUUUGACCCCGUGAUCCAGGCCCUCGCGUCGCACCCCUACGCGCAGAACCUGCGCGACUACAUCGACCGGGCCUCGCAGCGGGCGGCGGCUGCCGCGGAGAACAGCAACACCAACAACGAGGAGAGUGGUACCAGCGGGGCCGAGGGCGCCGGCGCCGUCGACGACGACGACAUCGAGACGUUCACGCCGCCCGUCGACACCUUCCGCACGUCCGAGGGCGGCUGGGUGCUGCACUUUGCGCUGCCCGGCGCCAAGAAGGAGGACGUCGGCGUCCACUGGGACGCGGACCGGGGCACGCUGACGGUGUCGGGCGUCGUGUACCGCCCGGGAAGCGAGGAGUUCCUCCGGGGCCUCGUGGCGGGCGAGAGGAGCGUCGGCGUCUUCAGGCGGGAGGUCCGGCUGCCGCCGCCCGAGAAGGAGGAGGUGGUGGUUGCGUACAGGGAGAAGGAGAAGAAGGAGGGGGAGAAGGACGAGGUCGACGGGGAGGGCAUCACGGCCCGGAUGGAGGACGGGGUGCUGCUGGUCCGGGUGCCGACGGUGGAGAGGGAGUGGACUGAGGUCAGGAAGGUUGAUAUCCUCUGA